GUGAGAGAUUUCUCUCUCUUUCUUUCUCUCUCUCUCUCUAGCUGUUCUUCUUCUUCCUUUUUUCCUGCAUUUGGGUUUCUGAGUCAGACCUCUUUCUUUUCUCUGAAGCUUCUAGAGGUGUGUGGGAAAGCCAGUCUAGGACAGUUUCAGGUUUAGGGAUGAUGUUGAGGAAGAGGAGCAGAUCACAGAAAGAUCAAAAGAUGGGUAACCGGAUACCGGAUUCUCUAUCUGAGUCGUAUUUAAACUCCAGUCUCUUAACUCAGAAACACAAAGUCACCUCCUUUUUCAACGUCCCCGCCCUGUUUGUAGGGCUCAAUCCAAAACACUCAGAAUCUGAUUCAGUUAGAAGCCCGACUUCUCCACUCGAAUUGCGGGUCUUCUCUUCUUUAGGCAGUCCUCUUAGGUCCCAAAGAUCACUAGAGGGUACUCAGAAGAGCUGGGGCUGUAAGAAAGUAGGCCUAAUAAGCAUUAUUGAUUCUCUUGACAAAGAAACUAAGCACCAGGAGAAUCUUUCCAUAGAGAAUCGAGGUAAAAAUGUAAUCUUUGGACCACAGAUGAGUAGCAAGAAUCGUUUCGACUCUUUUGAUGGACCUAAGUCACUGCCUAACGAGACUAAACCAUUAGGUUCUUCACUUCGGUUUGGGUCUUGCUCACUAGAUUCGGGUAGUUCUCAGUCUCAUCUUGCUGGUUUGGGUAACUCGUUGGGUGCAAAGAUGAAGUUGGUACAAGAACCCAGUGGAUGUAUAGCAACCAGUGACAUAGAGCUUUCUGAGGAUUACACAUGUGUGAGAACUCAUGGCCCGAAUCCGAAGGUGACCCAUAUCUUUUGUGACUGCAUUUUAGAUUGUCACAACAAUGCAUUCACCAAUUUUUCAAAGAAUGGUGAAGAAGAUGUAAUAAUAGGGUUGCCAGUGCCUCCUGACUCCAUUGAAGAACCCUUCUUACACUUCUGCUAUACUUGCAAGAAAAAAUUGGAGGGCAAAGACAUAUACAUAUACAGAGGUGAGAAAUCAUUUUGUAGUUCUUCUUGCCGGUCUGUGGAGAUUUUGAUUGACGAGGAAAAGGAGAAAACCAAUAACUGCGAUGAUUCUGAGAAGAUAAACGAGCGUGGGGAGCAGCUGCAUGAGGGCAGUCUGUUCUUUGCUAUAUAGAACACCACCUUGGCCACGAUUACAUGAGAUUUUCACAUAGGGUAGGCACAAUGUAUCGUCUGUUUCAUAAGAGCUGUUUUCUUUUGUUCUUUUUUUUUUUCUUCUUCCUUCUUCGGAGGAUGUUUCUGCAGCCAUGGAUGAUUGUAGUGUGCACUGCUCUUGAAUUUCACUUCUCAUGGUCUUGGUGGGAAAUGUACUAAAAACUUGUUCUUUUUGGCAUAAGCUCUAACCUCUACGCAUUGUAGUAGAGUGAACCUAUGGAAAUGUAUAAAAAGAAAGGAGAAGAAGGGCU